AUGAAUAACAAUAAUACUAAUCUAGCCAAGAAUUUAUGGAUUGAAUGGUAAUUGUUUAAGAAAAAUGAAUCAACCAAUCCCACCUUACAAAUGAAAAAACAAGGCAUCAUGACUAAAACUGAUUAAUAUGCUGAAUUCACCUACAGACCCAAUGCAAACAGUCCUCCAUCUAUGUAAGAAUUCUACGAAUCUGUUAUCAAUGGAAUCAUUAAAAGAUUUUAAUUGGGUCUCUAUCAAGGUGAGUAUCCAUAUUAUAAUGAAUUAUAAAGCUGUUUACAUGAAUUCAUAAGGUUGAUGAACUUCAAAUCAGAAAUAUUGGUUGAAGUCUUUUAAUCAAUAACAAACCUGAAUUUGAGCAAAGAAACAUUUCCUAAUGUGGUUGUACCUUGUGCCUCCUGUGGUAUGUUUAUCUACAUUGUUCAACAUUGUACCAUCUGUUAUUCAGCAUUUUAUUGUGAUAAAACAUGUUUGAAGAAUGGUAGAUAAAAACAUGAGUCAGAAUGUUAAUAGGCUAAAAUGACACCCUCCAUUAUUUACCCAUUAUAAGUUGAGAUUCAUUGUGGAAGUUCACUGGGAGAUGAUGUCAAAAUAUUUUUCCAGCAUGAAAGAAAGUUAUCUUUAUUAUAUAGAGGCCAGAAGUUUUUAAAUUCAAUGUACAAAAUAUUACUAAAAAAUCGAUGGCUAAAGAACAAUGGGUACAAUAUUAUAGAAAAUGAAACUUCUAUUUAAUUACAAAGCACUAAGAAAAUUGAUAUGAAACCCUCAGAAGAUUAAGGUGAUCCAAAUUACUCAGAUGAAGACCUCUAUUUAAAGAUGCCCUGUGUUUAAGAGAUUAAAGUCAUAUUUCUGAAUCAAGGAGCCAUCUUACAAGAUAUUAUCAAAGAAACUUACAAUUUACAAACAAAUUUUAUUCAUAUAUAUUAUUUUCCUAUUUGA